AGGCGGCGAGCCCCGGGCACACUCGCUCGCUCGGCGCGCGGAGCAGCCUCGUCCCUGAGCCGCGCCAGCCGAGCCAGCCGGGCGCCGCGCUCGCCCCGCUCGCCGCGCCGGAGAGAGCCGCCCGGAGACGGAGCCAGCCCGCCGGCGCCGAGCUGCCGAGCGCCCCGGAGCCCCCGAGCGCGGCGCGGCGAGCCCCGAGCGGCGGCCAAAGGACCUGAGCGCCAGGAGAGGGCGGACAGGGGGGGACCGGGAGGCUCCCCGGCGCGCCGAGGAGAGUCUCGGAGGAGGCGGCGGCGUGAGGACACCCGGGCCCUCCUGGCCGCGGCGGCCGGGUCGGAGCGAGCGGCGCGCACGGAGAGCCCCGGUGGCCGCCCGCGGCCCCCCGCACGAGCCAGCAGCUUGCGCCCCGGAGGGCUGGAGCGCGCCGCCCGCCCUCCCCCGCGCUGUCAGCCCCGCCGGGCGCCGCACCCGCCGCAGCAUCUUCUGCCCCCGCCGGCCCCGAGGAAGUCCCCGCCGAGGACCGGGGCCCCCGGGAGCGCAGGAGGAAAGACCAGAGACUCCCGCAGAACACCCAGAUGCGGAUGAUUGAAGCAGCCUAGCCAAAGCUUUCUGUGGAUUAAAAAAAAAAUUUUUUUUACGCGAUUUUUUUUGGGGGGUAGAAGAAAAGGAGAGGAAGACCAGCGGGGCUUUUGCAAGGAAAAAAAAAGAGGGGGGCUGUAACUCGUGGAUACGUUCUUUCCACCCUCGAACGUCUUGUUUUACUUUGUAAACAUUUUCUUUUUUUAAACCCCAGUUCCAGCCAAACGCCCCCAGACCUCCGUGGUGCGAGGAGGUGGUGUUUUUUUUUUCUCUCUUCAUUUUGGGCUUUGCAUAUUGCUUCUUAAGAUUUUUUUUAAGCAAGCCUUCGUCUUUCUCCAGACAUCUCAUGCGGGGUGAAGUCCACUCGGCCCCCUCCCCCGAGGUUUCGUGUGCACGGAAUUCGAGGAGAUCCGGUUACUAAGGAUAUAGAGGAAAAAAAUAAAUCGCGUGCCUGCUUUUUUUUUUUUAAUUGCCUGCUUCUCCCCACCCCCAAAUUAAGUUGCUUAGCAAGGGGGAAAAAGGCUUUUUUUUUUCCCCUCCCCUCCCUCCUGCAGCCCAGCCGAACGCCUUUCGGGCUUUGCCCCCGCGGGUCUUCCAUGUAGGAAGCCGAGGCUGGCGAGCCCGACCGUCGGGAGCCGCUGCGGGGGGGCGUCUUUUUUGGGGAGGCGCCGACCCGGGCAGGCUCCGUCGCCCCCAGGGAAGCGGCGGCCGCGUUCCUCCGGGGUGCGUCGGGGCCCGAGAGCCGCGCUCGGCGCGGGCCGCGCGGGGUGGGGCCGCCAGAGCGCAAGCCCCCGAGCCCCGGCGGGCGCCCCUGGGCCCCCGCGCGCGCCCCGGCCUCCGGGAGACUGGCGCAUGCCACGGAGCGCCCCUCGGGCCACCGCCGCGCCUGCCCGGGCCCCUGCUGCUGCUGCUGUCGCCUGCGCCUGCUGCCCCAACUCGGCGCCCGACUUCUUCAUGGUGUGCGGAGGUCAUGUUCGCUUCUUAGCCGGCCAACGACUUUCCUCCUCGCCUCCUCGCCCCGCAUGUUCAGGACCAAACGAUCUGCGCUCGUCCGGCGUCUCUGGAGGAGCCGUGCGCCCGGCGGCGAGGACGAGGAGGAGGGCGCGGGGGGAGGCGGCGGAGGAGGCGGCGAGCUGCGCGGAGAAGGGGCGACGGACGGCCGGGCGCAUGGGGCCGGCGGCGGCGGCGGCGCAGGCAGGGCCGGCUGCUGCCUGGGGAAGGCGGUCCGAGGUGCCAAAGGUCACCACCAUCCCCACCCCCCAGCCGCGGGCGCCGGCGCGGCCGGGGGCGCCGAGGCGGAUCUGAAGGCGCUCACGCACUCGGUGCUCAAGAAACUGAAGGAGCGGCAGCUGGAGCUGCUGCUCCAGGCCGUGGAGUCCCGCGGCGGUACGCGCACCGCGUGCCUCUUGCUGCCCGGCCGCCUGGACUGCAGGCUGGGCCUGGGGGCGCCCGCCGGCGCGCAGCCCGCGCAGCCGCCCUCGUCCUACUCGCUCCCCCUCCUGCUUUGCAAAGUGUUCAGGUGGCCGGAUCUCAGGCAUUCCUCGGAAGUCAAGAGGCUGUGUUGCUGUGAAUCUUACGGGAAGAUCAACCCCGAGCUGGUGUGCUGCAACCCCCAUCACCUUAGCCGGCUCUGCGAACUAGAGUCGCCCCCUCCUCCUUACUCCAGAUACCCGAUGGAUUUUCUCAAACCAACUGCAGACUGUCCAGAUGCUGUACCUUCCUCCGCCGAAACCGGGGGGACGAAUUACCUGGCCCCUGGGGGGCUUUCAGAUUCCCAACUUCUUCUGGAGCGUGGGGAUCGGUCACACUGGUGCGUGGUGGCAUACUGGGAGGAGAAGACGCGCGUGGGGCGGCUCUACUGCGUCCAGGAGCCCUCCCUGGACAUCUUCUACGAUCUACCUCAGGGGAACGGCUUUUGCCUCGGACAGCUCAACUCGGACAACAAGAGCCAGCUGGUCCAGAAGGUGCGCAGCAAGAUCGGCUGCGGCAUCCAGCUCACGCGGGAGGUGGACGGCGUGUGGGUCUACAACCGCAGUAGUUACCCCAUCUUCAUCAAGUCAGCCACACUGGACAACCCGGACUCCCGGACGCUGCUGGUCCACAAGGUGUUCCCCGGCUUCUCCAUCAAGGCCUUCGACUACGAGAAGGCCUACAGCCUGCAGCGGCCCAACGACCACGAGUUCGCGCAGCAGCCCUGGACCGGCUUCACGGUGCAGAUCAGCUUCGUGAAGGGCUGGGGCCAGUGCUACACCCGGCAGUUCAUCAGCAGCUGCCCGUGCUGGCUGGAGGUCAUCUUCAACAGCCGGUAGCCGCACGCAGCGGCCGAGGGAGCGCCGAGCCGCCUGCUCUCCACUACUUUGCUGCUAACGUCCUCCUCCGAGUGCUUGCUUCCCCCACCCCACCCCUGCAGGCUCCGGCCGCCGCGCCCCCGCCCCCGCCCGCCCUGUCUCGCCUCACUUCGGUUCCCUGUUUUGUGUUCACCAAGAAAUUAGCUUAUGGAAAGGAUUGUUGAUGGAGGGUUGGGGGGGGUGCCCGCACGCCCCCGCCUGGAAGAGAAGCAAAGAUGCGCCACCCCGAGUCAGCAGCGUCUGAAGGGGGAGCGGGGCCCUGAGUGGGGCCGGCUUGGGCGGGGUGGGGUGGGGUGGGGGGUGGUGCAGGGUGGUCAUGGAUCCAUCUGUGCGGACGACAGGUGGGCGGGAAGGGCCCCCACAGGUGUGCGUGCUUCUCCGUGGCGGCCUCUCGCUGCCCUUGGGUGUGCCCGGGCCACGGGCCACCGGCUGACCAGGCCCAGCGUUUUUUCUCUCUGCCCAUCCUGCCCCGCUCUGGCCACCCUGCUGCCCCGUCCUGUCCGUGUCAUUGGCCCUCUGCUCCUGGAACUCACGGUAUCGCUCCCCCCACCUGGUGCCCUCCCAGGCCCUCAGCCUCUCCCCUGCCCUGGUUACGGCAGGUCCCCACCCCCCCCACACACUCACUCAGAAAAACCAGCUCAGCACUUUCUGCCCCCUCCCUGGCCUGUGUGGGGGGCUCUGCUGUCAGACCAGCGAGGGAGGCCCCCCUCCCCCCCUUCCCACCGAGAAGGAUUUGGUCCGUCCUAACUCUAGGUACCAUCCUGAGCUGACCCCUAACUUCCUUCAUUUCUUCUACAACUCAUACACUCGUAUGAUACUUUGACACUGCUCUUAGCUCAGUGAGCAUGUUUAGACUUUGACAUAAGCUAUUUUUCUAACUACAAAGGUUUAAAUGAACAAGAGAAGCGUUCUCAUUGGAAAUUUAGCAUUGUAGUGCUUUGAGAGAGAAAGGACUCCUAAAAAAAAAAAAACCUGAGAUUUAUUAAAGAAAAAAAUGUAUUUUAUGUUAUAUAUAAAUAUAUUAUUACUUGUAAAUAUAAAGACGUUUUAUAAACAUCAUUAUUUAUGUAUUGUGCAAUGUGUAUAAACAAGAAAAAAUAAAAGAUGCACUUUGCUUUAAUAUAAAUGCAAAUAACAAAUGCCAAAUUAAAAAAAAAAAGAUAAACACAAGAUUGGUGUUUUUUUCUAUGGGUGUUAUCACCUGGCUGAAUGUUUUUCUAAAGGAGUUUAUGUUCCAUUAAACAAUUUUUAAAAUGUA